UGUCAGCUGGUUUUGAUGUGAAGCAGUGGAAACAAGCACAAGGAAAAAAAGACUUUUUGUGUUUCCAUCAUAGUGGCUGAAGAGUAAGAUCUGUCGGAAAUAAACAAAAAUGAAGACACAGAUUUAACAUUUGCUUUUUCUCGUCUUUCAGAAGAGCUGACCAAGUCUGAGAAGUAAGUGAAAUAUUUUUAUGACUGAUGUCUCUUUUUGAAAUAGCAACUGCUCAAAGUGUUAAAUAACUGAAGAUUGUCCUAAAUUGGUAUUUCCACCAGUAAGUUGGUAUUAACAACAAGUUAUUUUUGAAGGAGGUUUGAUAAGUCUGACAUUUGGUUUUGCAAUGCUCCCCUUCACAAUUUACUGUUGUUUUUGCCUUUUUUUUUUUGCUUUUGGGAGAUAGGUAUCAUCCCCACCCCCUUCUUGUUGCAGGAUUGAGAUAAAAGACCUUCCGGACAGAUUUCACAACAACAAAAAUAGAACAUAAACUGAAGAGAAGUCAAUUAGAUAACAAUGUUUGAUUUCAUCUCAAAGCUUGCCAUCGAUUUCAAUAUGUUCUGUAUUUCCUCUGUAAAUUGACUUAAUACAUGACAAAAGGUAAAUACAUGUGUGCUGUUGAUUAAAAUAUCAGGUCAUGUAGCAGGAGAAUUCAGAGGAAACACGCACAAUGUCUGACAGCAAUGAUGGUAAGCAACAACUCCAGUAUUUACACAUGUACUCUCUGUGUAUAUGCUCUAUGUGCGAUAACAUUUAUCCAUCUUUACCCUUUUAGUUUGGGAUUCAACAAAUCGUGCAAGGAGGGAGGUGCUUGAGGACAACACAGAUACAGGUGGAUUCUCGGAGCAUGAACUCCUCGACAUCAUGUAUAACACAUGUAACACUUCCAACACAGGUACACAAGGUUACGCUGAUUUUAACAAAAUGCAUCACUUUUUUUUUUUUUUUUAAGUGACUUCUAUAUGAUCAUUCUUGCAUCAUUUUUGUCCUUAGGAGAGGUGUUGGCCUCCACCAUCGUUCAGUACCUACAAACCAUGACGCAUCAGAGUCCAGAGCAGGACAGACUGACUGCCCUGCGACAUCUGCUCGACCCUGACCGUCAGGACCCGCAUGUGAACAGAGAGAAUUUUCACGUCACCAUGAGGGAGUGGAUUGCACAGUGCAGCCAGGACAGGUGAGACAGAGCUUCAUCACUCUGGAUUUUAAGUGACAAUCACACUUCAUCUUGUUUAUUUAGAAAAUUAUAUCUCAAACAUUAAAUGACUUUCAAGUAAAUAAAGUAAAUAUCAAACUAUAAGUAGUUAACAAAAUUGAGUCGUGAAUUUAAACAUGUAAUGGUAUAAUGUAUAUUGAGAACUUUGCCUUUUAAUCAUGAUUUUAUUGAACCAUCUAUGUUUUAUAAUGUGUUCCUGUGUGUCUUUGUUUUAUGGUUUGUGUUGAUUGUCUGUAUUUAUUGUUUCCUAAUUUUUACUGUACAGCACUUUGGUCAGCGUUUUGUUGUUUUUAAAUGUGCUUUACAAAUAAACUUGGAUUGAGUUGGAUUUGAUCAUAAUUUUACUUUUGUAAAAGAUCCAAGAUUUAUUUUUAAUUGCUGCUCUUUAAGCAGUAGCAAAUGUUCAUGAUGAUAAUUCCCAGGUAUUAAAGGAAGAGGUACAAUCUUGAAUAAACCUGCACAUUUAUGGUGAAUUAUAUCCUCAAAAAGCAUCACUUUUGAUGGCGAUUUAAUUUUAAGAAGUUCAUGUGUGUACAGUUAUUUUAUUUAUUUAUUUAUUUAUUUUUGUGGAUUUUGGGAACUCAUGUCCCCUCUUGUGUUUCAGGCCCGAUGUGGAUGACAGUCAAGUAUCUUGGCCAGACUCUUCCAAAGUUCUCGUAAAUGGUACAGGUUUAUGGUUUUGUUCAGACAUCCGAGAAAAGGCUCGAUCACUGCAUCUCAUAAAAUCUGCUUAUCUUUCAGGAAUGGAUUUUUCCACCUCUGAAACAAAAGCUGCCUCUUCAGAAACCCUUCAAUGCUCCUGGUCAGCUGCUCCUUCUUUAAAUCACUGCAUAGGUUUACCUCAUACAUCAGCAUUUGUUAAUGCUUACCCACUAAAUGUUUGUUUUGGCUUCAGUGAUGGAAAAGAUUUAUCUGGCACAGUGGCUGAGCUGAAGCAGGCUCAUCGUAAGCUGAGUGAGCAGAACAGCAGCCUCUUGAAGACGGUGGCUCAGUGUGAAGACAUCAACCUGCAGCUCACUUUUGAGAUCACUGAGCUGAGAGCCAAGCUGGUCAGGUGAAGGAUCAAUUACAGUCCUAUCCAUUUAACUUCAACCAGAGCAUGCAGUAUUACAAUAUCAUUUAAAGAGGCAGUUCAGUGCAAAGUAUAGGAUGAUGGAAAAUGUAUGACAGCAUGUAACAUAAUCACACAGCUGACAGGCCUGCUCUUUGUCAGCAGAGGUUCUGAGUUUAUUCUCUUAUUUUGGUAUGAAAGAGGUAUGAAGCACAAUAAACUCUGUGUUUCAUGUUACUUUCUUAUGAUUUAAUUUCUUUUUGCUUUGUGUAGUUCUCAGAGAUCAGCAGCAAGAGCCAGAUCCCUGACCGAAGAACUCGAAGAGAGCCGUCAGGCGUUUAAAGAAGCUCAGGAGAGAGCAAGCCACACCCAGAACAGCUGCACCAAACUGGUACAUUCAACACUUGGUGUGAAAUGAAUCAAUUUUUUAUCCCAACUGUUUACCUGUUGACCUUUUGUCUUUAGAGUAAUGAAGUUGAGUGCCUGAAGGUUCACAUUCGAAGGCUUGAAGACAAGGUAUUGUACUUUUUUUGUUUGUUUUUGAAAACUAAGUUGUUCUUUUUGUGUUAAAAAAUUAUUAAUAAUAAUGAAAUUUUCCCAAACAGAAUGAGAAACUGAUCUUUGAGAGGACAUGCUCUGAAGAAAGUAUCAACAAACUGAGAAAAGUCAAUGCCGAGUUGAGGGUACGAUAAAUGAGUGAAAACUCUGACAAUUUUAUUCUGAUUUGAGCUUAAAUCAAGAACUAAAUAAUGUCACGAUGUUACAGGCUGAAUUUGAAGAGAUCCUGAUCACGCUGACAGUGAAAGACAGAGAAAUCACAAAGGUUGGUCCUACUAAUUAAUUAAUUAUAAACUCUUAUUAAUCACACAAACGGUUAACUUUGCUUUCAUAUGUUUUGGUGUAGAAAGAGAUCCUGAUGGAUAAGAUGAAAAAAUCUCAUACAGAAAGUCACAACAUGAUCGAGGUAUGAUUCACUCCGGGAAGAGACAAUGAGAACUGAUUUUUUUGUAGAUUUUGAAUUGUGAUUUUAAUUUGACAGUUUCAUGCUGCAGAGUAGUGUUAAGUAAAUACAUUACAAUCAUAAAAACAGGUUUAAAUGAACUGUGAUAACACUGGUUAGUAUGUCAAGUAUAAGAAAAACCAACAAACUUUAAAAAAUUAUUUAAAGGCUUUUUAUGUAAAUGUUUUUUAUUCAACUCUUAAACUCUUUUCUGGUUGCAGGGUCUGCAGUUAGAGCUGAAUAGGUUACAGGAACAUUCACACCAAGUUCUCCUGAGGUGAGUUGGAUUUUAGGUCCCUAAGAUGCUGAAAACGGCUUCACUUUUACCCAUGAGAGGUCUCAAAGAUCAGACACUUUUCUGACUGAGACAUGUCUGAAUAUUUAUUAAUCUAAACUGUCUUACUGGGGUUGUAUGAUUUCCCUUUUUUUUUUAAAGAAAUCCUUUUAUGGAUUUUCUUGUCCACAUGAUGAUCCACUGCAUUUGCAAACCCAACAGGAGAGGGAAGGAAAUGAAGAUGAGAAAGUGCAUGUCUGAUGAAAUUUGUCUUGGUUUGCAGAGGGCAAACGAGGAUUACGGAGCAACUGAGAUUUCAUAAAAGCUUUAAAACCUGAGGUUGAAUAUGACACCUCUGACUUAACUACUGCUUGUUCUGCCAUGCAAAAUUUGUGUUUAUUUUUUUCUGUAUGGUUCUUAGACUAAUAAGAAUCUUAAAAAGUCAUGAUUUUGAUUUUAUAAAGUGUGCUGCAACCCUAUAACAGAGAAAGAAAGGUAAUUGCGAGCUUCUAAGUAUCUUUACAUUUUGCUUUCACCUAAAAAUGAAUACUUGAGCUCUAUUUUUGGUCUGUUCCUGGCAGGUAUGACAGAUUCUGCAUUGGUCCUCAUCACCUCUAUGGUCAAGAUCCUCCAAACCAUCGUUGUCUGCAGAGUGAAAUACAGGAUAUGCAGCAGGUAGAAAAUGCUCACCAUCUAAAGAGGUUAUCUUAAUUUUCUGUUGAAAGCUGACCAUGUUUCUCUGUGUCUGCAGCAGCAUCACCAAGCUCUGGAUGACAUAAGCCUCCCAUCCCUGCACAGUGAGGAUAUUCAGAGCAUCAUCCACAGGAUCAAAGCUGCAGAAAUAGCCCAUCUUCUGCACAAUAAGUAUCCUGAGAGGGUGAGGAGAUAGUAGAGGAUGAAAGUGGUGGCAUACAGUAACAUGCAUAUGUGUAAAUCUGUCUUGUAUCUUCUCGCACACUCAGGACUCGACUCCUGUAGAGACACAGGAGAGGCCUCUUCCUCACCGCCAGCAGCAACAGGCACGCAUCAAACAGCAGCUUGUCAAUGUGUAUGUGAGUUUUUUACCUCCCUUUCUCCUCUUAAGGUCAUGGACAGGAUUUGUUUGAUGUUAGACUCCGUUCUGAGAAGCUUCCUCCAGUAAAAGGGGUGUCUGGUGGUGACAGUGAAUUUACGGGCAUUGCUAUUACGCAACCCAUAGGAGUAACAAUCUUCUGUGUCGGACCCUAUCAGGGCUAAGUGCAGUUUUAGUGCCCCUCAGUUACUGCAGACAUAAUAGCGUGUAAAGGAGAUGUUUAUAAGUCUGUGGUGGUGGUGGUGGUUUCAGGCUGCAGGAGCUGGAGCUGCACAAGGGUGCGUGGGAGGAGAAAGGGGAGAAGGUGGAGGAGCGGCAGAGGAGCAGGGAGCCAAAGGAGCAAAAGCAAAGCCAGAGUCAGGAGGCCAAGAAAGUUGCUGUGGUGAACUGGUGGAAAACCCACAGCUUAGAGGGGGCAAAGGCCCGGUUAAGAGAACAGCAGCCCCUCCAGGAGCUUUCUGACACACAAGCCAAGCUCCAGAAGGCUGAGCAGACCAUCACUGAUAUGAAGGAGCAGAUCCUCUGCCUGCAAACUUCCCUCAGAUCUGCUCAGGAGUGUGUUGCAGAGAAAAACGCGAUCAGGGCUGUUUCUGUCGAUAAGGCGACCAACACAGAAAAAGAGGAGCCUAAAGGAGCUGUGGUGAAGGUCGUGAAGGAUCAGAGGGAUGUAGCAGUGGCCAGGGAGAUUUCAGGUGGAGCAGCCUCAAAGCAGGAGCAGACCCAGCCUCAGGUGAGUGCAGACAGCCUCCUGGCGACCCUCAGGAGGAUGGAGGCGAUGGUGAACAGCGCCCUGGAGACAGCCGAGCUGGUGAGAGCGAGCGAGCAGAGGGUGAGCCAGGUGAGGGUGAGGAUGGAGAGCAUCACUGAGAGGGUGGAGGAGGCUCUGAACAGAGCUGCCAACACUGACCAGCAGAUGAAUGUUUUGGAGGCCCGGAUCACAGAAGAACCUCCGACAGAGGUUUGUGGCUAAUUUAUUUACAGGGUACAUUCUGGCCACAAUGCAAUUCAGUGUGCGUCACACAAGAUGUUAAAAAAGGAAAUGAAAAGGUCAGAAAAACACAUAAGAGAAAAACAUGAAAAAACUGAGACAGCAUUGAAAAGUCAAUCAGAGCUGUGGCAACAAAGAAAAAGGAAGAACAGAAAGUUUUUUAGCUUAAAAUAUUGAAAAAUUAUUGUCAUCUUUAAUUCAUGUCAUUUUGAUUUGCCUGAAAAAAACACAAUUUUUGAUCUGAAAUAAACGCAAAGAUAAUUUAUCUGUAGAGAAAGUAAACUAGUUGGUUUUUGCAGAUUUUAGAUUUUUCGUUUUGUUUUCCUGCAUCGGUGAACAUGUUAUAACUCUCCAGAGGAAACUGAUGACCCCUUGUGGUGAUCAUGAAAAGGAGGUGUCCAUAAAGACUGGGAGUUGUGUGUCCAGUUGUGUGUGUGGUCAUUGUGUAAUCAUAUUAUGUUGUGAAUCAAAAAGUCUUCCUAUCAAGAGAUAUGAAAGUUUGUAUCUGUUGUGUGUUUUUUAUGUUCAAAUCCGGUGAGUGUAAGGAGUUAACAUACAUAAAUGGUGGGGGUUUUAUCUCUUGAAUACUCUUUUUUUUGUAAGUACAACAUUUUAACACGUCGACUUCUUUCUUUGUUUCUUGUGAUUUUCAUACAGGCUUCUCCAGGCCCCGCUCUGCAGGCUGAUCCUGGAGCGGUCACAGAAACCAUUACAUAUGAGUCUCAUGUGGAGCCUGAAGAUGGAGACACAUCAAGGAGUCCUCCUCCUCCUCCUCCUCCUCCAUCUCCUCCUCUCCCAGGAGUCAGAGAGCCUCUGCAGCUUCCCAUGAAUGGUAUGAUGGCUGUGGCCUUGGCGCUAUGAUGGUUAUAGGGUGCACGCAUGGGUACACGUGAGACACAGAUAAAUUAGACUUCCUUCCUUUUUUGAUGCUAAUCCCCAAGGAUGUCUGAAAAUAGGCGCAGUAGAUAUUUACAUUGCAAACAACAGCUGGUACACUGAGGAGGAAAAGAGAUUUAUCUCUAGGGGAGUACAUGCUGUUGAUCUAGAGAGGCUGUGGGGGAGAUCAGGGUAGGUCAAAGAAGUUUUAUGCCAAGGCAGAGGGAGUUCAGUAUUUUUAGUUCCAUGAAAAACUGACAAAAAUUGAAACUGGGCCAUAUAUCUAGACAUAUAUCUAUAUAUUUAGUUCCUCGGUGCUUUAAAGUUCCUGAGGAGUGUGUACUAGCUCGUGCACCAAUGCCUCUGCAGUUAGAAAAGGAGCUAACAGUUGGCUAGCUUAGUUUAGCUUAGCCUAAAGGCAGGAAGCAGAGGUAAAGAGCUCAAAACUUCAGUAAUACAAUGUAUCUAGUUUGUAAAAUGCAUAUAAAAGAACGUAAAAAAAAUCAAACAAGAUAUAUGUAUGUAAUAAGUCCAAGGGCGGGGGGGACCAACUGAUAGACUAUGCUAGCUGUUGCCUCCUGUUUCCUGUCUUCAUGCUACGCUAAAGGUAGAGAGGUAAAGAAACAGGCUAUCAUGUACCCAACAAACAAGACUCCAGGAUCCAUCUUCUCAUUCAUGGGAAUAUAUUUCUUAAAAAAUCUGAUCAGAUGCUCCUUAACCUGAAAAAAUACCUGACUGGUUUAUUGAACUCCAAAAGACUAGGGCAGCUAUUCUGUCGACAUCUUCAAAAAUGAUCACAGCAGAUCUAUUUCAGGAUUCUGCAUUCACUAGGAAUCGUCUCAUAAUGGUUUUGAAGAAAUAGUUUUAUUUUAUGUUUACUUCUGAGGAAGAAGGAAGUCUGGGGUGUUUUCAGGUUUCCCAGAAUCGGCAGACAGUGCAGUCUCCAUGUCCACUUAUUUUGUUUUCUUUAGACACCCACUCAGGAGUUUAUCUUCUCCAGAGCCACGUGAGCAUGAUGACGCUUUUGCUUAUCAAAUGAAGCUGCAUUUAAAUCAGAUACAUUAAAUUCAUGGUGGAUGUUGCUGUUGUAAAAAUGGAAGUGCGCUGGUUUGAUGUCACGGUAGUUCAAGAUGUAAAUGAUGUGAAUUAUGAUCCUGUCGCUGUUUAUGCGAGGAUGGUUUCAGUGCACUAGAUGUUAGUACUUCCAGUAUAAACAAAUACAAAUAUCAGCUCUCGGCUGAUUUUGGUUAUUUAUCUUGAACUUCUCAAAGUACUAAAUAAAAGAGAGAUGUGCAGAGUGCCAGAUUGUACCCAAAGGCCUCAUCUGUAUGUGUGAGCAGUCAGAAAAACACAGGCAAAUGUCAGGCAAAUCAACAAUACAGGGCUUAUCUACAACAACAACAGACAAGAUAUGAUAUUUGAGACAUCAUAAAAAAAGAUAAUAAGUUUAUUGAACAAACAGGCCUACAUAUCUAAGUUUAGGAGGUUAUGUUUGUGGAUAAAGGGAUUAAUAUUUGCCUGUUAAAUUUUACGAAUGAAAUGAUAUUCACAAAUACAGUGUAUAAAUAAAUGCAGAACUGGCCCAUACACAUGUAAAUUUAGAGAUUGUAGAGGACAAGACUGUUGGUCUUGGCUGAAUCUCCCUGUGUCUAAUUAUGUAGCUGGAAAGUUUUGUUAAAAACAAUAAAUGUCAACCUCAUGCUGGUGGCAAAGAGAAAGUCAGGGGAUUGAUAAAGUUAUAAAGAACCUUUAUUUGCUUUACAUCCAAACAUCUUCAUAAUUUUAUCAUUUACUUUAUUUUAAUUUAAGGGGCAAACCAACCAGCAGACUAAAAGCAGUGACUCAAAAUCACAAUCUGAACCUUAAUAAAUAAUAAUACAUUUUAUUUUCAACGCGCUUUUACAGGUGCUCAAAGCACUUUACAAAGAAGAAAAAUACAAUUUAAAAUCCAGAAAAUUUUGAGAAAGAAAACCAACAAUGUAAAAGGUUAAAAAAGAUAAUAUGAAAAGACAAUAAAAGAACAGUUCACAGGUGAAAGGCCAGUUUAAAAAAGUGUGUUUUUAGGAGUGAUUAGAAAGUAUGGGGGUCUUUACAAUCUCAGAUGGUUUUAGGGAGUGAAUUUCAGUCUCUUCAGAGCAGCACUGUCACUGGUGCUUUUGAAUAUCUGAUGAUAUCAAUGGCACAUGCAGUACUCAGCCUCCAUUAAAACUUCUUUAUCUUUCCAUUAUGUAGCAACACUAAUAAAAACAUAAAUAUGAGAUAAUAAAUCAAGAUUGGACUCUCUACUGGAGCCUGUUUUUAGGUGUAAUGUUGAUUAAAAUGAGGCAAAGUCAGACUGUGUGACGAACAAAGAUCUACUGAGUAUAAAUAAUUUAGAAAAGGGUCUCUAAUGCUCUGUGCGUGGCAGCAGUAAAGUGUGCUCUCUUUGAUGAGAGGGAGAUGAAAAUAGCAAAAUCACUUUAGCUGGAAUGUGACUGAGUUCGUAAAGACGGCUGCUUCCAGGACAGAGAGAGAAAUAAAGUAGUCCAAGAGUUAAGUGAGGCAAAAAGGUGCUAUUUUUCAGACAAAUGGGUUGUGAUUUUCCGUCUUCAGUUGCAGGUAGUUUCCACUUUUUUAUGCAUGAUUUGAGCUCGAAAUUCUGCAAUCGCAAACCUUGAGAAAUGUCAAAAUUAAUUGGCAACACAAGAGUAGUUGAGUGUUUUUUAAGUGUAUCCUUUUUUAAUCUAUAGGUCUUUAAUUAUCUCCAGUACUUGAGCUACUAUGUCGCUGUUUGUGUUCGACCAUUCACCUGUUAUCCUAACAUAACAAACCUCUUAUCUGAGAGCACUUAAAGCUGUCGUCACAAUAGCCCACACUCAGUCCAAGAGCUGUCAACCAGCAGAUCAAACAUCGUGUGCGCUCCAAAUGGUUGCCAGGUGAUUGUUGCCCCUGGUUAUGGAGGUGGAGAGUAGAAGGGGCGAGAAACUUCCUGAAACAAGAGUUGAUGUAGUUUUCUACCAAUCAGAUGAACACCAUGCUGUCGGCAACAACAUCAGAGAACAGAGAACUCAACUUAUCACUUCCUUAUUUGUUGUCUCUUUAGUGUGUCUCCCCCACACACUCUCAAACACACUCAUAAUAUGACUUCUGUUUUUCUUUUUUUAACCAUCUCUUGACAUUUGCAUGCUUUCCUGUUAAAUGCAAAUGACCCGUGUUCACUGUGUGUGCUUUGGCUCCAACAGGUGGCACAAGACGAGGCAGCUGCAACAAGGUAAGGCUCUUCCCCGCUCUGAUGAAGUAGGUUAGAAUAGUUCCUUAAAGGCAGAGGUGCGUGUCUAAUAUGGCGUAUUUGUGUGGGGUUUGAACCUGAAUGUUGAUCCUCAUAAGAUGAUACUCAAGCAAAGGCUUUUCAACCUAAUGAGAGAUAAAAUCAUUCAAAUAAUUACAAGUAAAUCUCUAGUGCUGCUUAAGUUUUACAACCUCUCACCAUUUAGAGGAAAUUUGAAUUGUGCUGCAAUAUUUCAGCAAGCGAGUGCAAACCCCGACUCAAGGCGCAAUUCAUUCUUGGUUUUGGUUUAGGGAGAAAGUUGCCAGUUUGAUGCGAUCCUCGAUCUCACCACUAGAUGUCACUAAAUCCUACUCACUCUGAGUGCAUUAGUGGGAAACUUAAAAUAAUUGUGCUACUUCUAAUAGAGUAGUAAGAGAAUAAUCAGCAGACUGAUGAGAUGUUAGCUUUGUAUGCAGGAUUGUACUUAAUGAAAGCUGUAUAACUUGUAUAUUUACUUGAUUAAAUAAUGUGUUGCAUUUCCUCCUAAAAGGAAACAAUGGAUUAUCUAAAAGAAGAUUUAUGUUCAGAUUGAUUUAAGUGAGAACAUCUGACGUUUUUUUCCAUAAGUUUUCCAAGCGAUAAACAGAUUCAUUCACAGUGUUUCACUUCACAUUAUCAGCUUAGGUUAUUUCAGCUGUAAUGCUGUAAUUUGCCGUGGAAGUCAGCUGUGCUCCCACAAGCAAUGUGACUUCUGUGCUUUUUUCGUCCGAAAUAAUAGAAGAUGACUACAGCUCUUGGAACUGUGAUAUCUUGCAGUAAAAGAAAACUCUGCAUGUUUCAACUGUUCAGUUUUCUGAGCACAGAUGGACCUUAAGAGCUCAGAUGAGGGUGCAGGGAUUCCUCUUAGACUGAAGGGUAAACAAAGAUUGGAAUAGACACAAUCUCCCUAUCAAUCUCUGAGAAACAUCCCUUUGCGUACAACAUCUCACGAAAUAAUCUCCUGUUGCCCUCGAACUACGAUUAGUAGAAGAAAACAAACCCCUUCAGUAAAAAAUAACAAGCUCCUUCAAGUAGUUUCAUUUUUUUUCUUCUGUGGGAUGAUCACUGGAGCAGCAGCAGCAGAAAAGGCACACGUAAACGCACACACACUCCACAGCAGCCCUAAGAGGCAUUCAGAGCCCUUCUCCUUAAAUGGUCAAAGCUCCCAGGGAGUGAAAGAGCGGCUGCUGCUGAAAAAAGAAAGGGAACAGAGGGGACGGGAGACGGAAGGAGAAGCCCCGAGGAUAGAGGAGUUUUCUGAGGAAUAACCCGAGAGUGACAGUCCGGCGGUGAGGGAAGUUGGUCCUUGUUGGAGAGAUCAGCGGGAGUGUGUUUCUCUGCUGCGCUGAUGGUAGACUCAGGUAAUGUGUGUGACUUCUGUGGACAGAUUCUGAUGAUCAGGCGUGUGAAGCUGUGGGGUCUUAGUGGGUGAUGGUUUUCAGUGAACUCCUGCAGCGUCAGGUGUUGCUGCUCUGUUCACAUCUCUGCACUCGGGUCAGGCUUGUGUUUGUGUUUUGGACUUUUUGGCAGGUUGUUUCGCAUCAGGUUGAAACACCCUGCCAAAAGUUUGGAGUUUACAUAAUCUACAGUUGGUCUGAUGAAAUCUCAGUUUAAUCUUCCCUUCUUCUUCUUCUCAUUUCAUUGUGAUCAUUUUAAAGUCAGUGCACUCAUCCACACUCUCAUCUGAUCUAUUUUCUUUUCCCCCUCACACUUCCUCUGCCAUGUUAUCUCUGAAUGUGGUACUUCCUCUGCAGCCGUGUACUCUGAACUUCACACAACCAAGUUUUAAACAAAUCUGGCAGGAGGGAGCGGGCUUAUGUAACAGAAGAAGGGAGGAGGGUCCCCAUGUUGUCCCCCGAGGAAAGAGACUGCUCAGCUUUGCUGCAAUGACGGUUUAAUUCAGACUCUGAUGGUUAAAAUAAGCUUCUUAAGGAGGAUGUGUGUGAACUGCAACAUGUUUGUGUCCUCUGGGAGUUGUGGUGUAAAGACUUACUGUAUUGAGGCUUGUAUGUUCUGUCCUGUUGCUCCUCCAAAGGAAAUAAUCUGAGUGAUUCAAUUACUCUGCAAUAUUUAUCCCUGCUCUAUUUAGCUCUGCAGGGAAACAGUAGGGCCUCCCGUGGGGGUGGUUAGCCGCUUUGUUUUGGUCAGGUAAAUUUUAGAUACAGCAGUUUCUCAUGGUGUGUUUUUUCAUUGUUUAAAAGAAGAUUUUCUUCACCUGAGUGAAUCCUUAACCUGUUGAGCUGCACUUGCAGUUUGUUUGGGUUUCUUAUUGAAAAGUUUUAUCAUAUUCAGGUUCAAACAAACCUUGCAGAAUCGCCAGUUGACAGAUACACAGAAACUGAAGUUUGUUUAAAUUCCCAAAGUUUUCUGAAUUCUGUGUCUUUAUCUAAUUAUUCAUAUCAUAUCUUUUGAAAAACUGUGGAAAAGUGGGUAACACUUUAUUUGCACCUAUCUCUACAACAUAUUAUGAAGCAUUUUAUCAUGACUUACAAAGUCAGGUAUUACAAUGUGUUAUAACUCUUAACACCUCACUGACAACACCCACAUAGAUAAUGCAAUAAUGUUGUUUGCUAUAAUCAUAUAUGAUCAUUUGAGUGUUUAUAACUGUAGUUACACAGUUCUAUAAAGUGAUUAUACACAUGAUAGAGAUAGGCGUCAAAUAAAGUGUUACCGAAAAGUGCAUAACUGAUUUAAAAAGGACAAGGAUUUCAUAAGAAGAAAUUACAAUUCAGAUGCUUUCAUCUGCGUAAAAUGCAGGUGGUUGUUGCUGCGAGAUCAUUAGUAUAAUUAUGUUGGAAAUACUGUGUGACUCACUCCUGUUAAUGUAUGUGGCAGAAUCUCAUCAAGAUAUCAUUCAGUUUAUGAGAAUCAGCUGAAAUAAGAAACAAAAUCAAUGAGGUAAAACUGUGCAAACAUAAGUAUGAAGAACUAUGUACUUGAUGCUUCUGCAGGCUCUGAAAGAGUCAAGAUCUUAAUCCUGUGUGACAGUUUUCUUGUAGUCAGGAAAUAUCCUCUCAGCUCAGCGGGAGUCAGUUAAACAAGCCAUUUCCUCUCCAGUUCCUCACAGUCUUUCUGUCGCUUUGUGCUCCUCAGAGGUUGUCAUUUUCAUGUCGCUGACACUGAACAGCACACCGCACAUUCUGGCUAAAAUCAUCUACACACCACAGAGCAGCUGUCCUGGAGAAAGUGCAUAUAAAACAUCACACCUCUUACUUGUCUGCUGGUUAAUUUUACUACAAGCUUUGACGCUGAAUACAACAGCAGCACCUGUGCUGCUCAUGCAUAUGUAAAUACUUCUAUCUCUGGGGAAACCAAAUGAGUGGGGGGACUACAUUAGCAACCACUUGCAUGACGGUGUGAGCAGUCUUUGCACUCUGUGCUCUGUCAGAGGGUAAAAUCUGCUUUGCAUUUUGAUUUGCAUCCUUUUUUGGGAAGAGGAAGGAGCUUUAAGUUCAAAUGGUGCUUUUAUAUUAUUAAACUAAAUAGGUGAUGUUUAUAGUUUUAAACAUUCAGGUAGCUUCUCCAGAAUUUAAAAGGUAGAGGCAACUCAUCGAUUAACACACAAAAAAUCUUUUGGUAUUUCAGCUUCACAAAUUUCAGUAUUGAACUUCUCAGUCAACUGACCUCUGUGGGUUUUAGUUAAUCAAACAACAGAAUAUCAUUAAACUGUGUGUAAUAAACUGUGGUGACUCAGAAGUUCUGACUGCAGAGUCUUUACAAUGAUCACCUGAUGUUUUAACAUCAUUGAUCAUUUACAUCAGUCUAAUUGUUUACUGAUUAGCUGGCGGGAACCAAGCAAAAUAUCCAUUUGUCAUUUUUGUGUCGUUUCCUCCAUUUCAGCCGGUAUUUCCUGUCUCUGAGUAGCAGAGUUCUUCACCAAUUUGUACCUCUGACAGGUUUCCUCCAUAGACAGUAUAUAGAAUAGACGCUGUCUGCCUCCUGCUGGGUGAAGCCAGUCCAAGAACAGCACCCUCUGGUGACGGGCUGCAGUCAUAAAUCCCACCUCCUCCAGCAAUCCCUACGAAGCUGUGGACAAACUUUAAAAAUGAAUUACACAGAAUAUACAUUUUUCUCCCGCCUGGUUGUGAUGUUGACAUGUAGUUACUGUAAGACUAGUUUGUGCUCAAGUCUUCUUUUUUCUGUGCUGCUCCAUUUUUAAAAGUUAUUAGGGGGUUCACAUUUUCUAUGAUUGACACUUGAUGCAGCCUACGGGUGUACAAAGAUUGCGUAGCUCACCCGGGGGAUACGCUGUUUGAGCUGAGCGUCAUCACAGCGACUCUCGGCAACUCUCCCGCCAAAUGCGUACAACUCUACUACGCAAAGUUGGUUUCAGGAAGUGGAGAAAAAAAUGAGAGCUUUUUGGCUUCAAACCCGUAUAAUGAUGGAAGGCGGAACCAAGUUGUCCAUAAUAUAUACAGUCUAUGGUUUCCUCUGAGUUUACUUGUGUUAUAUGUCCUAUCUGUCAGUCAGUAGUUGUAUAACUGUCUUCCACCAACAACCUUCCACCCCGAUACGCCUUAAAUUGAGUUACAGUGUGGAUGUGCUGUAAGGGAAAAAUCAUCAGUGUGCAGUAAUGAAAUUCUUCUCCAUAAUUGUUCCACACAGCUCCUCCUCUGUUUGUUUUACACUGUCCUUCAGGAGUUCACAGCUUUAGUCAGACUAUGAGGAGGCAUAUGAAAAUGCAUUAUAAUAACCCAGAGCAUCCCAGUCUGAAAAAACUAACAUCAGGGCCCUAUUCUCAUAGGGUACAAAUCCCUGACACCUUGGACUUCAAGCAGUAUACACUAGUGUAGUACAAACUCAGAAACCUAAAAGUUGAUAAUAAACAAACGCUGUGUUUACACCUGUUGAAAGCAUUGCCAGAUAAUGAGGCAUCAAUAAUAAAAGGGUGUGUUAUCACUACCUGUAGUUUAGGGUGAUGAUAUUAAAGUAUAUCCAGGCUGUGAGUUGUUGUUGUUGUUCGUCCAUAAGUGUAUCUGUGUGCCUGAAAGUGACCACAGCGCAGUUAGAGGAUCAACUCUGGAAAAAAAUGCAUAUUCUUAAACUCCAGGCUUAAUAUUUUCAUCAUGAGAAGAACAGAUGAACACUAAUAGACUCCAUUUUUAAGUGCCCAUAAGUGUCCCUUUAUUGAGAGUUUAGCUGAGUAAUGGUUGGAGCGGCUUUACCACAUUCUUCUGAUGUAUUAUUUUCCUUUUAUAGGCUCUGUAAACGAAAGUGUUCUUCCUUUUGUUUUAAAGUUAGAUCCUUAAAAAUGAGGUUGUAUUUACAGAUAGUUCAAAGAUAGGGCUUCUGUUUUUUUGAUGGUAGUGUCUUGUGGUAAAUUUGCUGCUCUUCUGAGCAAUGAGGAAUGAAGCUAUUUUGGUCUUUGUUUAUGAUGUGACCGUUGUGUUAUUCCUGCUGUAUCUGUUUUUAGCUGUGGUCAGCUCGGACUUCCUUUCAAAUAUUAGCGAUUAUUCACGCGUCAUUCAUGUUCUCAGACUAAAAAAAGUCAGAAAGAGUUUCCCCGAACAUUUACGAAUUGAAUGCAUAUGAAUGUAAAAUGUUUCCCCUUCUUGCAUAACAUACAUGGACACUGUCUUUUUCUCGGUCCAGGAGGAGGAAGAAGACUCGCAGCAAGUAACUCCUCUGAAUCUAAGAGAUCAUUUCUCCAAGGAGCCCCGUGACGCCCCCAUCGCUUCUGGAGAAGCGUUUAUUUUCCCACACACCCGCUCACGACCAUCGCUCCCCCCCAGCAUGCCCACACUGCCUGAGGAAGAGGAGGACUCGCCAGAGGAAGUGGACAGUUCCUCCAGCUCUCCCAGUACAGUGAGUGUAACUUCAUGUACCACAUAGAUUUCUUUGUUUGGUAACAGCACUCAAGGCCAUAAGAACUGACAAAAAGAUAUUUGUCUGUUCAUGUUGAGGAGAAUCUAUCCGUGUUGCUCCUGGAAUCGGUUCUUUAAAAAGGUAUCAUCAUUAACAGUUGGGCAAAAUAAACAUUUUAUGAGUACUUUGCACUUUUAAGGAGUCUGUUUUCAUUUGGCAACUUUUAAAAAGCUUUUUUUCCCUUUUUUGCUCCUGUUUUUUAUGGUUUCUCAAAUUAUGUGUACAAAUUCUGGUGUAAUUCCACGGAUUCCCUGAUGUUUUAUGAGUCUAUGCAGUCGACUAUGUUUGCCUUUUCAAGGAAAUCAUCUGAACUUUCUGUAAACUGUAAAAGGAUGUGUGGAACCUCUUGUGGAGCUCAACUUCAUGAUCAUCAGAUAUAUUCUCAGAUGAUCCAAACAGGAGCAAAAUCAUAUUGUUUGAUUUGUUAUGACUUUUUGAGGAGCUCAGGGAUCAGAGUUUGAUUUUCCUUGUACGUGCAUGGAUUUAAUGGUUUGGAUUCUCCGAUACAGGACUUUGAUAUCUGUGAUCAAACUUAAAGAUGUUGUGUUUUUCCCUCUUGGAGGACAAUUAGCUUGUGCAAAUACAGAACUGAAAUGGUUAAAGACACAUUGUGCUGCUUUUCACUUUGUUUAAAAUCUUCUUUUUUUGAUCUCUCAGCUUUUUUUACAGUUACAUUUUAAGUUUGUUUUUACAGUCAGCAUGAUUUUCAUGUGUUCUCUGUCUUUUUCCCUGAGGGUCCCUAAAGUUUGUCACAAGUUGCCUCUGAAAACCGUCUUUGUUCGUACCUUGAAAAAACACAAAGCUAUUCAUUUUAAUCCAAAAGCUAUUUUCAGGAGUUUUCCAUGUGCAUUUUAGACGAGUUGUUACGUAGCUGAUCUUAAGUUACAUCACAGUUGUAAAUGGAGAUUCUUCAUGCUCUAAGUUUAGUGAAACCAAGCAGGAUUUUUAAGGUGGACUUUCAUAUAAUCAAAAUUGUUGCUGCCUAAAGGCUAACCAUCCUUAUACGGAAGAGGACCAGGGCCACUGGAAAAAAAAAGAGUCCAAUAUAAUUAAAAAAAAAUUAUUAUUCUGAGAAAAUAAUUCAGACUUUAAUUACUGACUUUGACUUGACUUUAAUCUCAGAAUUCAGACUUUUUUCUCAGAAUAAAAAUUUAAAAAAAAAUUAUAUUGGACCUUUUUUUUCACAGUGGCUCUAAUCCUCCUCCGUAUCCUCAGGCACUCGAAAUGCAACAAGACCUCUUCUAAACAUAUGAGACGGUACAGCAUGAUGGCAACUUGGAUUUUGCUGGGAAGCUUUUUGUCCAAGUAUAAAUACCUGUGUGAUUUCAGUUUGUACUGUGAUUACACAUAUCUUUAGAAAGAAGGGAAAUGCAACAAACUUACCACCACUUCAUUGGUUAAUAUCUGAAACUCUGGGUCUGCAGUUUAUGUUUUAAGUGACAGUUUUUGUUGUGUGUUUGUUUGUUUUUUUCAGUCCACACCAAGUGAGAAUCGAGCUGUCAUCAUGACUGCCCCCACCAUCGUCUACCCGCAGCAGACCACUGUAGUCCAACCAGACGGUCAUUCACUGGAGCAGAAUAGGUGAUCAUUGAAACAGAAAGUUUUCUUCUUAUUUGGAGAAGUAUUUCUGAAACACAUCUAAAUCACUGCUGUUUCUGCUCUCAGACCACACAGUCCUAGAGCUCGGCUGGCAAGAAAAUCUUCUUCAGGACCCAUCACCACAGUUGGUGGGUAAACCCUGCACACACAUACACACACACACACACUGCAGCUGUAGUCAGGAAGGUAUCCAGAGGUAUUUGGUAUUUUUAAUCAUUAGACAAAAAUGUGUUAUAGUACCCUCCUGUCUUAUAAACCUUCACAGCGUUUCGACUAAAUUUGGUCUCAGGGAAUCCGUCUAUGUGUCCUCUCACAUGCCUGAAAUGUUUGACUUUCAUGUAGCUGAUUUCUCUUUUUAGUUUAGAGAGGAGAUAAAAUCAUCCUUGACUUGGCCAACCUUCAUCACCUGACUUAUUGCCUCUCAUGCAUCUGUGAAUAACUCCCUAUCCUGAGACUUUAUACCAAGAAUCCCACUUAAAUGUCUUCUUCAGAGGACUCUGACACAACAUCAGUCUCUGGGUUCUUGUACAUAAGAUAUACAUGUUUUUACAGUCUGAUAAAGUGGGGGCUGUAGCUGUGUUUUCUAUGCUUUUAUUUUGACAUGUAGAUUCAGAGACAUGUUCAAGCAGUAGCAGGUUGAGUAAUAUGAAAUAAUACAUGUGCAUGUGGAGAGUGUUAAAGUCCCACUCUGAUCGUUUUUUUUCCUUUUACUACUUAAAGUGUGAUGUCUAAGUCUUUAAAUUGUGAUCGUAAGUUUUUAGCCAAAAUCACGUUUCCUGUCAUUUUCAAGGGUUUUGCUUCUGCAGAGCUCCAGUAGCUCAUUAGUCAUUCACCUCAGAGUCAUCAGCAGAGACAGCACUUUUAAAAAAAACAUUUAGUUAUAGUGUUUAAGUUAAGUUAUAUGAGAUCAGUAACAGAGGGGUAAGACUAGACAAGUCUUUGACUUCUUCUUACCCCUUUUUUGGACAUGUGGAUACUCUGGUUUUGUUUUUGUUCUAAUUUUGUUGUGACAAGUGAGAUUGAUGUGCUUCUAAGUGAGGCACUUAUUUUAUUCUAUUCUUAACUGUUGUUUUGUGUGUUUUUUUAUAUACAUUUUUUAACCAUGUCCAGAAAGAAAGAAAGAAAGAAAGAAAGAAAGAGCUGCUCUGCACACUCCUCUUCAUGCUAGCUUGUAGGCUAAGGUUGCCAGUGUAGGAGAAGUAGCAGAUAACAUAGGAGCUAUUCAGCACUUGGACACUAAUGUCUUUGGGGACAUGAUGAAAGUUAAUAUCAUUAUUAGCUUUUUUACGAGCAUUGCAAUCCGCUAACGCACACGUUUGUUCCGCAAUUGUCCUCUGUACUUCUUUGAGUCUGGCCUGCAUAGUGGGGCUCCGGGGGCGGAGCUUAGAGUUGUGACAUAGGAAAUCUCACUAGCUGCAUUAACAUGGGCACAAAUAAUCUGAAUAAUGGAAUAAAAAUGCGCCAUGUAAACAUGUUGAUCGAAAGAUUCUGAUCCAAUUCAGCACUUCUUCAUCUGCGGUUGUUUUAGCAAAAUCAGACAACUCUGCCCAUUUCCAGAUGCUUCUAAUCUGAAUAAAACUUGGUGCAUGUACACGUCAUGAUCAGAUUAUUUGAUUUUGUGCCCGUAUAAACAGUGGAUUCAGAUUAUCUGAUCCCUCAAUUUUUGAAUCAGAUCAAGAAAUUUUGCACAUGUAAACGUGGCUAGUGUGUCUGAGCCUGACGUUUGGGACUGUGAGAGGUUCACAAAGAUUUAAAUGCAGAAAUACACAGAAAUGCAAUUUUGCACCCUCUUUUCUCAUAAUAUAUCCUGUAGCAUCAGAAAAAUGCCAUAUGAACAUGCAGACAACAAGAAAAGCAGGAUUUUCAUCUGAGUGGGUGUUAAAUGUGUGUACACAUGUGUACGUUCUCAUUGUAGACAGCACAGGUAAUGUAAUUGACCUGGUGAAGGAUCCUCUGCCAGAGCUGCAGCUCUCUGAGGAGGAUCGACAGAAGAACCUGGAGCUGCUCGAACAGGCCAAGAAGGUCAGUGACCGCUUCCUGACACGUCGUGGCCGCCGCUCCACUGGCAGCCUCUCAGAGUCCCCCACAGGUAGUGACCACACACAGAGAUACAGACAUAAACACUCGACACAGAAGAUAGAAAUUAUUAGCAAAUGAGAUAAAUGUGUAGACUUGAAUUUAGUUUGUUACUUUAACUGCAAGCAAAUAUGCAUCUAAUGGAAUCAAGUUAUGAUUAAAAAUGCACUUUUCUCUUCAGCUCUUUCUCCAAAUCAAACCCCGUCAUCCUCACCAUGUCAGUCCAGAAGCAGCUCACUGACUGCGGCUCCUCAAAGCGGUAAUUCACUCCUUCCAGGCUUUUUUUUAACUCUAUUGAAAACAAUGAAUCACUUUUUCUGCAAGACUGCUCCGCCAAUUUCUCAUGUUUUCAUUUGGACGCUGGGUUUGCCUCAGUCGUUUUCCUGAUUGUUUUCUGAUCUUUUCCACAGAGACGACCCCUGUCAACUCACAGGUAAAGACAUUAUUCAAGUGGGGGAGGUGUUGUGAAGAUAUCUUUUUGUUUCGUUCUCACUUUCCACAGUUAAGCUGGAUGUGUUACUCUUAUUAAGACUUCUGAAUGGUACCAAAGUCUGCCCUACUCUUCUAAGCUUGUAAACCCACAAAGGCCCGGAAGGAAUUUCCAACACAUGAAUCACAUGAAAUGAUAAAAAUACCCACAAAUAUUUGAUUGAAUAACCAAGACUCAAAGUCCAGCUUCAUUGCUCUAUCCUAGUGACCCUGAACAGAGAGCCAAUAUUCCUGUCCUGAGAAAACCCUGAAACUUCUGGUGUCUUCAGAUCUGGUGUGAAUUUCCUGAUACUUUCAGACAGUCACUUUAAAGGAACACAUUAAUCCAUCGAACUGCAACUUGACAUGAUAGCAGAAGGGAUGAUGUCAAGAUGGUUAGGGUAGUUUUGUGUUUUUUAAUGUUCCAAUAUGCCACUUCAUCUCCACACAUAGAAACCUGCUAAAAACAUUUGAUAUCUUCCUGAUUCUAAUCCAAUCAUGUUUCAAUGUGAGGUCAAGGUUAUUUCUUUACUAAAAGUAAAAUUGCUGUGCACUCAGAAAAGUCUGACCAUUGUCUACUUGAAAAAAUUAAUUAAACUUUAAUUAAAAACUAUUGAUUUAAUUAAGUCAAUUUAAACAAUUUGGCACAACUUGUCUUAGGUGGAGAAACACGUGUACAGCAAUAUAAACCAAAUAGUUUCCAUUGAGUAGCAUUUCUUAAUUUUUGAACAUUGUUGACUUAACUGGUUAAUAUAAUUACAUUUAACUCAGUGUUUUUUAGCUGAUAUUAUUUAAACAAAAAUGAGUAAAAUGCAAUGAUUCAAAUGAGUUUAGAUCAACAUAAUAAUAUAUCAAACUGCACACAGUCAUUUUAUUUACAUAUACGUUACUGGUAUUUAUUUUGUAAAUAUUAAUUUAGCCCAGUCACACUUUUUAGAGUGUGUUUCCCUCUCUUUUAGCACCUCGGGGUUCCUUCAGGGCGAGAGCAGCAUGACUUAACAUCGCAGGAUAAGGAGGUGGGAUCGACAGAUUCACUCACUGUCGCACAUGUAUUGAUAAAUUAUUUGAUAUUUACUAAUGAAAGACUGAUUUAAAAAAACUUUUGUAGAGGAGUGUGUUUCAAAGAAUAAAGGCACUCAGAUAUUAAAAAGACAGAUUGGUUUGCAUGCAGCUAAAUAUACAGUACAUUUAUGUAAAAAGAAACUGUUGGAUGAGGGGCCACGUAAUUUGGAAAAUUUAUUCACAAUCCUUUUAAAAUUGAUUUUAGAAGAUUUCAAUCAACCUUUGACCUUUCUCUCUGAAAAACCGUUUUGUCAGGAUUUUGAUUUGGACACUAUAUAUAAAAUGUACAUAAUCUAAACCAGCUGCUUGGCUUAUCUUCAUGUUAGCAUGGUAGUGUUAGCAUUUAGCUCACAUCCCUGCAGUGUCUCAGUGCAGCCUGCUAAAGCUGCUUGUGUGGCUAAUUUGGAUCUAAUUUUUUAGAGUUUAGUGUUUGAUAAAAGUGCUAAAUAAUAUAUUUUAGAUAUUAUAAUGAUCAAUAAAUGAUGAUUAUGAUCACAGCAUGUUAUUUAUACUGGUUGUUGUCUUUCCAGCCUCAGGGAAACAGACUGUUGGUGGACUGGAAGCCAGCAGAGAAGAGGAAAGUGUCCUCUGGGACUCUAACACCACGUUUUGCCGUUCAGAAGGAGAACUGUGAUCCCUCUUUAAAUAAGACUACUUCAGCACACAGUAAAGCUGAAGAAGGAGCUGGUCCAGGAAGAAACCUCAACCAGGCCCCCGCCACAGGCGUGGCCAAGCCCGUCCCCAGACCCCCUACUCAGCUAGCCCCCUGUACAGCAGAGAUCAAGACGAUUGGGGCCUUCCCUCCGCUGAUGAGGGCUGUGUCCUGGGACUCUGUGGGCAGUUUGAAUUCGAGAAGCGGCGCUCCGAGUUUCCCUCCUACACUUGAGGAAAAUCUCUCUGAAAAUCCUAGGGAUGCUGUGUUCAAGACUUCGGGGUACAAGGACCUCCCUGGACAGCCUGGGGGCAUGCACAAACUUUCUAAACUCAAAGAGGUGACACGUGUUUUUCAGAUGUUUUUGUUUUCAGUCAGAUCUUCCCAAACAUGGGAGAUAGGAAAUAUCCUAAUGUUUGUGCUUUGUGUGUACAGGAGCACAAGCUGAUGCGUAACCAAAGCAUAGUGGGAUCCAAGUUACCGGACUUGAGUGAAGCUGCUGAACAGGAAAAAGGUAAGAGUCAUUGUUUGCUCUCUCGUUCCUGUGAGACUGAGACAUUCAGAAACGCUGCAUGGGUGUGCACUUCCUAAAUCUCAGGGAAAAUCUGUUCCACUCGCAAAAUAAUGAUGAGAUGUUCCUGAUGCGUUUCCCUCAAUGCCACCCAUUUACUGGCAAUCCCAUAACAGGGAAACAAAUGCUGUUUUACUUUUCCAUCAGUAGAUGGCAUGAUUGUUGAAUCAUGUGAGCCAAAGAUGUCCUGUGGAAGAUGUAAUCGGGGCCUUAUGUUUUAUUUUCUGAAAAGGACAGUGAAGUAGAAGUAGACUCUCAACUUGGUGGCAGCUACACUCAAGUUCAACCAGAUAAUCAGUGCACAAUCAAGACAGUUUUGUGAGAAAUACAUCUCUAGUUCAUUAAACAUUCAGGAUUUAAAGACUCUAAAGCCAGACAGAAAACAGCUUCCUCUUUUUAAAACAAAAAUAAUUUUCUAAUACCAAAUAAAAAGAAAAACAUUGCACUAAAAUAGGUCUGUUCUUUCACAAAUUUGAAUAUAUGCAAACAACACUUGUCAACAGUAAAGCAGUUUGCUCUUCUGCACAUUUUGUGAUGCAUCUAACACUUUGCAUGUGCUUUGUAAAUCGGGAAAUGUCUGUUCGGUUCAAGUUUAGCAGCUAAAGCCACACAAAGACACUUUUGUGAACCAGACUGUAAAAGUUUUGUAGGUACCCACUGAGCAUUUUUUGGUCUAAAAGAGGUCUUAAUGUAGCCGAGCUCAACAGCUAUCAUAAUUAUUUUGCUUAAGUACUUGGAAAUCAGUUAUGCAACUCACAGUUGCUUAUUGAAAUAAAUAGUUAUCAAAUAAUGGGUUAAAGUGCAACGUCUAAAUUCCGUCUAAAAUUUACAGAAUCUAGACGGUUGAAAUUAGGUCUAAAAAAAAAAAACUAGACGUCUUGUAGCCGUCCAUUGCUCAGUGGGUAUUGCUUAUUAAAAGUAAUUGACAUAAAAAGAUAAUUUCUCCUCACUAAGCAGCUGACUUAUAUUCCUGUCAUCCUAUAUUAAAGUAUUUUAAUUUCAGGGAAGUUACAAGUUUUUACUCAGCAGCAUGUGUUUUUCUUUUUUACAGACUUUGACAAAAAUGGAUUUAGAUUUCUGUAUAUUCUGUUUUGGUCUUAUGUACAGUACAAAACAAUGUGUCUGCAGGUCCACCACCUUCAACGAACUCAGAGGAAGCAAAGGAGAGGUCUGACGCCAUGCCAAACAUUUCUGAUGUGAUGCUGAGAAAACUCAAACUCCAUCGCGGUCUACCAGGCUGGUGCGUAACAAAACACUGGCUGCUAAUGUUAACAGUCAACAUUAAUCUUUUCUUCUACCUACAUUUUUCUGCCUUAUCUUAAAAGUAACCCAUUUUACAUAAUAACUGUUUAAACCGUGUAUGACCAUCACUGACCUUACUAACAGCUCCUAUUUGAUAUCGUUCCAGUGCGCCCCAACUCACUGAAAAAGAAGUUGAGGUUGGUAUCUGAACUUCAACACCAAUUUUAUUUUUAUUUGUGGCAAAGUUUAGAUUUGUGACUUUUUUACAAAGGAGGAUUAGGGCCACAUGAAGAGAAAAAAAAAAUAUUUACAGGAAGGAGAUUUAAGUCGAAAUUUCAACAUUUAAAUUGAAAUUUCGAGAUUAAAAAGAUCAAAAUUAUGUCAAUAAAGUUGAACUUUUGAGAUCAAAAAAUUGAAAUUUUGAGAUUAAAGCCGAAAUUUCGAGAUCAUGACAUGUAAACAAUGUCUAAAUUUCGUAAUUAAGAAAUGUUGUGAAUAACGUUGAAAUUUCAAGAUUAGAAAGUUGAAAAUUUGAGAUCAAAGUUGACAUGAAUAAAGUUGAAAUUACGACUUUUUUAAAUUUUGGACUUUAAUCUCGAAAUUUCGACUCUAAUCUUGAAAUGGACGUUAAAAAAAAUCUCCCUCCUGUAAUAAUUUUUCUUUCUUCUUGUGUCCCUUAUCCUCUUUUGUACUUUUGUUGUGCAUGCUAAGCUUGAUUUCUUUUCUUCUGGGGUGUUUUGUAGAUACUUUUCUGCUUUUUAAAAGAAUCAUAUCACUGAUUGGAGACAUUGGAAAUAAUAAAGUUGAGAAGACAGUUUAGUGGUGAUUAAAGCCUGAAUAAUGAUGAGACUCAUGCAGACACACCAAAAAAACAAACCUGGAAUUGUUAAAGAGCAAUAAAAAAUGACUUCCCACUGUGCUUACCUUUCCAAACAAAACACAAGAUAAGAGAUAAGACAUUCUUUUAAUAGGCCCAUGGGGGGAAAUUCCAAAUUCCAUGUUGAGUUUAAUAUUCUCUCUUUACUUUCAAAGAACUCCACGGUAAUGAUUAACCUUGUGUAGGAGUCGUCAUGUAAAAGGUUAUAAAACAGCCCACCAGCAGAAAUACGUGCAGAGUAAACUGUACUCAGACAUUACAGUUCCCCUUGUAUGUAUUGUUCCCCUUGGUGCUUAACAUUUGCCACGUGCAGACCUGUGUUUAUAAUAACCUGUUUUGUUACCUAAGAAGUUAAUUACACAGUCGUAAAAGCUGUUUUUCUGUUCCUGAUCAGACCAAAGAGACUCAGAGUGAUUUCCUGUGGAGAAAAUGUAAACAUAAGUGACGCUGAAAGGCUGGGGCUGAAGCCCUUCUGGCUGCUCCCUUGGGUGUGUGUGUAUCAGGACAGUCAGAGAGGUCGUAUAUUUCCUCUAAACUGCAGCCCGUGAGUGUUGGAAAAAUGUGCAGACUGGCUUUGAUCAACACAGCACAACACCAGGAGGUCAAUGCUAUAAUCACAGCUUGUUCCCAAGGCUGCUUGAUUCUCCGUCACGUUACCCAAUAAAAAUACAUUUCAGCAUUACAUAAUUAAUGCUGUGUGUGCAUGUGCGGAGCUGUGGGAGAGUUUUCCAUGGAUCCUGCUGAGUUUAUGUGUUGCCAUCACCGGCAGAUCUGCGGUAUUUAAUGUGCUGUUAAGCGUGCCAUUCUGCGUGUUAUAUUGUUGCAUCUUCCUUCCUGCAGAAUGCAUUUGUGCAGCUGUCUCUGGCAUUUCGUAACGACAACUACACUCUGGAGAUGCGGCUCAAACAGUCAGAGAGGGAGAGGAAUCUGACUGAGGAAGACACUGAGAAAGAGCUGGAGGAGUUCAAAAGAGCGCUGAAGGUCAGUCCUGGAAAACAUCAGCUGUUAUGGGAUACAUUCACUUGAAAAAAAAUAGCUCCCUCUGGCUCUUUAGUGCUCGUUCAUCUGCUCAGUGUUUCCUGGAAGCGUCACACAGUAAAUAUUUAUCUCAUCCGACUCCAAGUCCAGGUUUAAUAGGACCAAUGAUGCACAGUUUGUUUUCAGGAGAGAGUUGUACGACGAUGUUGUUUGUUGAUAUCUGCAGAUGACUGCGCCACAGUGGCAGAAUCUGGAGCAGCGUGAGUCCUACCAGCGUCUCAUCGAGACUCUGUCAGUGCUGCACCGACUGGCAACACGGCUCUCCAGCAGGGCGGAGAUAGUGGGAGCAGUUCGACAGGUGAAGUUAAACAAUCUGAAAACAUUAAAAACUGACAAUGAUGGAAAAAGAGCGCUGCACUAUGUGACAGAUCUUUAAAGAGGUGCUGUUUUCUCUGGGAUACUGUCAUCAUGGGGCCUCUUGAGAGUUUGACAGCUAUCUAAAAAUAAUGAUUGCUUAUCUGAUGUCACAGCAAACUCCUGCUAGCCAAGGCAAACAUCAGUUAUCGGGCACAUUUACAUUUUUUCGCUGCCCAACUGUCCGUCAGUAUUCCCAAGCCGUGUAGAUAAAUUCCUGGGUUUUCUUUGUACUGUUGCCAUUUAUUUUGAUAAAAGCUCAAUUAUGAGGCUCCCAAGAAUUGAUGAACAUCUCUAAAAGGACAUUUUUGGUCCGGUUCCCAGUUGUAUUAAGAUGGCAUGCAACUGCUUUGAUGUUAAUGCUGCAUUUCCAGCUCAGGAAUGUAAAAUGAAAGUAUAAAGUUGGGAGUGAAUAAAGUUUUUGCCGCCACAAGAACAAGGGUCUUAAUAAAAUCAGUGGAAUUUAACACAAUAUAAUGUGUUAUAACUGUUAACAACUCACUGACAAUGCCCACAUAGAUAAUGCAAUGCAACUGUUGUUAACGGUUAUAAAACAUUAUGGUAACCCUGUCUUUUACGGUACACUUAUUAACAGAUAAUUAACAGGUAAUUACCUAGUAACAACAUGAAAUUAUCUGGUAAUUACACGAUAACUACUAAGUCAAUACUGUCUAGCUACCAGGUAGGUAACCUUCCAUCAUCAUACAAAUUUGAAGCCGAGUUGCUCUGGUAUUUCCAGGAUUUUCUUUGCUUCCUGGAACCACCUCUUGCACAGUAGCAUUGUACGCAUUCGGCGGGUGAGUCGCUGUGAUAAUGCUCGGCUCAAACGGCGUAUCGCUACGCAAUCUUCGCACGCCCAUAGGCUGCAUCAAGUGGCAAUCAUAGAAAAUAAGAACCCCAAAUAGCUUUUGAAAAUAGAGCUGCACAGAAAAAAGAAAAAAAGAAAAAACUAGACAGUAUCGACUUAGUAGUUAUCAUGUAAUUACCAGAUAAUUUCAUGUUGUUUCUAGGUAAUUACCUGUUAAUUACCUGUUAAUAAGUGUACCGUAAAAGAAAGGGUUACCAACAUUAUCAUACCUGAGCUUGUAAGUCAUGAUAAAAUGCUUUAUAAUGUGUUAUGCUUAUUACAUUAAAGUAUUAUGAACAUUUAUGAGUGUUUAUAACUACAGUUUUACAGUGCUAAAAUAUGAUUAUAACACAAUAUACAUGUAUUUAUAAUGCGUUAUUGAAAUAGCUGUCAAAUAAAGUGUUCCCGAUCUCACUCCCACUGCAGUUGUUUAUACACAUAGACUUUGAUAAAUGAUGCAGCAUAUCUUAAUUCCAAAUCUCAGUUUUUUAUACUAUAUUUCCACCCGGAUAGACAAAGAUAAAGCUUAAACUCUGCAAACAAUCCCUUCAAAAUUGUUUGGUUGGUAAAUUAAAUGUACGUGAAACAAUUUCCUCAGUAAAAUGUUGCAUUGGUCUGGUAUCUAUGUUCCAAAACUUGUUUCAGUGCUCCUACAAUGAUGAGCCGAGCUAUAAAGUUUCUUAAAAGUCAGUUUUCGAGCAGUAGAAGUUACUGUUCCAGUGCACAAAUUUUAAAUUGACUGAUCUUCAUUCUGCAACAGGAGAAACGUAUGAACAAGGCCACUGAGGUCAUGAUGCAGUAUGUGGAGAACCUGAAGAGGACGUAUGAGAAGGACCAUGCAGAGCUGAUGGAGUUUAAGAAACUGGCCAACCAGAACUCGAAUCGCUGUCAUGGAGGCUCUGUGGACACAGGAGGUGAGAACCGACACACUGACAACAACACAUGGAGGAAAUCGAGUGAAACUCAGCCAACCUGAUUACAUUUCUCUGCCUGUCAUUUAUAGAUGAUGGCGUUCCACGGCCUUCAAGGUCAAUGUCACUCACUCUUGGAAAGGUAGGCACUGUUUUGAAGAAGGAUGUUUUCAUUUAUCUGGCCUAUUAAUUAAAACUAGUGAAAAAUCGCUUACAAAGUAAAUGCUGUGCUAACCCAAUUUUCCUCUCUUGUUUUUCACACUCUUGCACACCCUAUGUCCUCUAUAGGCUCUACCCAGGCGUAGGGUAAGCGUCGCAGUGGUGCCGAAGUUUAACCUCCUGAACAUCCCCGGUCAGACCCCGGCUACAGCAGGUCCGGGUCCCAGCACAGGACCAAACACGGGACCCACAGCUGGUGGUGCUCUUCCUGUCCUGGUAGGUCUUCCUGUCCUGUCAGGAAAUUAUGGAGAAGAACAUAUGAAGGAUUUGAUGCAUCACCAUUCACUCCAGGACACUAAAAGUACAGAAGGGUUCACUUUGAGGACAUCAGAUAACUCUUUUCUUGUUUUUAUGACCCUCCAUCUCACACCUCUGUUCUAUCAUAAUAUUAAAAUAUUCAAUACGUGUUAAAAGUUGAACGUGUCAGCUGUAAGCAGUGGAGAAACUGAGUUCACACAAACAAGCUCUGUAUCUAUUUUAACACUUUUAUUCGCACAAAAUUAAGAACUGGUGUUUUUUAAGGUGCGACCACAAAAGUUACUGCAUUUAAAAAAUGUCCAAACUGUAAUGUUUGUGUCAUGAGAUUGACUGUACAUGUGGAGGGCUUCAUUUCCUGUGGAGCCAAAUAGGUGCUGACAAAAGACUGUGAGACAAAACACACAAUAAACAUUUAAGGUACCCCAGAACAGUCCACACGAGGUUUAUAGCAGACACACAAGGUUAUUACGUUUUUUUUGUCAUUGUUCAUUACUUUUUCCUCAACAUUUUUUUUCUAGUGUGUGAAUUUUAGCAAAAAAUCACAGCAGGAGUCACAUUUGUCAACAUAACUGUCAGACUAACUAACCAACUAACUCCUUUUUAGCAAAAACUUCUUUGACAUGGAUUUUCAUUGACUAAUUUGACCCUAGUUUGAUGAGUCUAUUGUAAAAGGAGAGGUGGGCUUUCAACCCUCUGCAGCCAGUCAUUACAGAGAGCUCCAAAAGUCUUUGAUUCAUUUAGGUUAGCUCUCACACAGUCAGUUUUUUUACACAGUGUUGGAGUGAAAGACAUAAAAAGUCACAUCCUGUAGUAUGUUGUCUUUAAAGUUGCUUCUUUUGUCCUUCUAACCCAUUACACACUUGUACUUUCACCUCUAAGACAGGACUUGCAUUAAGUAUUGCUGCUUUGGUACUUUUAUUGGAGUAAAAAGUAAUUAUAAAUUUGAUAAUAGUCAACAUUUUUAGAAGACUGCAUCACAUCUCUCCAAUUUUAGCCUCCCUUCACUGACAUACUGUCAGUUUUAGAACUGAUUUUAAGAUUUUAUUGAUUAGCACUCGAGGGACUUGCUCCAAGCUACAUUUCAGAGCUUUGGUACCAUAUGAGCCAACUCGCAGCCUCAGAUCCUCUGGCGAAGGCCUCCUGGUCGUUCCAAAGUCAAGGCUCAAAAUUAAAGGUGAUAGAGCUUUUUCCAUCAGAGCUCCUCGACUUUGAAACGACCUGCAGAGACAGUCGCUUCUUUUAAGUCAAUCUUAAAAACUCACUUUUACAGACUUGCUUUUAGGCGAUGUUGUCAUUUAUCUUGUAUCUCUUUUUCUCUGUCUUAUGUCAGCUUUACUGUCUUUUUAGCUUUUGUUAUACUUACAUAAUUUAUGUUUUUAUUUUGGUCCUCAUGGUCUUGUUUUAUGUUGCAGGGUUCUUGUUUUGUCUGGGUUUCUUAUGCCAAAUGAAAAUGGCCUUUAAUUCUGAGACUUUGUUUUAACUGAGCUUUUUGUUUUUAUUUGUUUUUAUUCCGUGUGCCAAUUUUCUGUGCUUUAUGACCAUUUUUUUAACCUCUGUUUUUAAAAGUGCUAUAAAAAUAAAGUUAUUCUAAUUAUUUUUCUCUGCAGAGUGAAGGGAAUGAUGUGAAAGCUAACACUCCAACAGAGACAGCACAACAAGCCACAGAAAGGUAGGCUUCAUGCACAUGGUGUGUUUUGCUCAAACACACACACACACACUCAUACACACAAAGUCCAUGUACAGUAUGUACACAUACCAUGAUUUCCAAGGUCAUCCCACAGUCCUUGAAACAAUGGGCCUAAAGCUGCAAUCGCUCUUAUCAAAAAUGUUUUGUGCUGCAGAGGGACCUUUGGCUUGUUUGUGUGACCUUCAGGAUGUGUUGUGCAGAGCAGAGAAAGCCCCUACGAGGUUAAAACUAACCCUGAGUGCAUGAAAAAUAAUCAAACCCUGCUGCAGCUGAUAGAUAUGCUACUCUGGGUCUUACUCUAAAUAUUUGUGAAAGUAUUUGACAAAGUCCAGGCACCAGACUCCAAUCAAAUCCUCGACAUAAAGUGGACAGGGUGGAGCUCUUAGACGUCUGAGGCUUAUUUUUUUGUAACCAGAAUGAAAAAAAUAAAUAAUAAAAGUGACAGCCCUGUUUUUUUGUGAUGGUACCGAGCCUGGGACAGCGUCCUUAGACUGGCAAUUUUUCCAUGAGCAGACAAAGCCGGGGUGUUGUGAUGGAAUCAACAUGGAAUCAGUUUUAUUACCUCUGCUGUGAUUGUGAUGGUGUCCAAGGCUGACUGUUCUUUCCAAUCUGAAACAAUGCAGUGGAAAGAGUGUGUCGGAGCAGGAAAGUGAGCCAGCCAAACCUACAGUCAACCUCGAGGAGAUCAGAGCAGAGAUCAGAGCCGAGCUGAAGGCAAAGAUCGAGGAGGAGGCGUACAAUAAAGGGUGAAGCCUUCUCUCUUCUAUUCCUGCUGUGAAUCCAAACACAAACUCAGUGAUGGCAGCAGUUUAAGUUUGUUUCAUGUGUUAGUUUUCAAUGUAUUGCCAAGUGACUUAAGACUAAUAAUAAAAUGUUGAUGAUUUCUCACUAUCCUCAGACCAUGCUGGUAAAUUUAAACCUUCUUAUUUGCAGCUACCAAGAGGGGCUGAAGCAAAGUAAAGUACUCCAGGAGGAGAAACAUGAGGAAGAAAUCGCUGCAGAGAAAUUACUGGAUAUGAAAAAUAAGGAUGAAGAGAGUGGAAAGAAAAUAAAGACAAGCAGGUGAACUAAAUCUACUGUUUCACAAAAGAAAGAAAUGGGGAAGCAUGUUUCUGAGUUUAUCUAGACUAUAUAAGUAGACUAAAUGACCCAGAGUCUGAUCCACAUCACACAAAUCAACCUCAACAAGCAGUAUGUGGCACGUAUCAAAGUUUCAGUUUAAGCAUUAAAGAGACUGGAUUUAUGGUCCUAAACACUUGAGAGAAGAUUUUUAAGUUUAGAAAUUGUUUUUAUAAGAGCUAGCCAAACUUGAUGAAAAAUGUACACUCUUGUAGGUGGUUGGAAAAUGUUCAUAAUCACAUAUUUGAGUGGGAGAAAACAACAUCUGAUAAUUUGAGAUGCAUUAUUUGAUCCCUGUUCAUUAAUUAUGAAAUGUUUUGAUGGCUUUCUUUUUUAGAUCUAAUACUUUUGUGUUUUGUGUGUUUAGUUUUGUCCUGUAUUAAUUAUAGUGCCCUCCUGUGGACAAAAUGAUACUCAUUACCUCUCAUCCUGCAAAUGUGAAUACAGUCUUUUUGGACAUAAACUUCACCCACUCGUCUUUUUAACAGUGAAAUAUAUCACUUUCUGGAUUUGCCAUUCAAAAGUUGCUGCUGUCAAAUAAAUCAACUAGCCCCCUCUUCGUUAGUUUCAGGCAUCAGCAAUUCACAUCAGAGGCAUCAGUGUCACUAUCAGCUAUAAGAAAAGAGAAGAUAUUCCUCAAUUAUUUUAUUAUUAUACGUGUGUGCAUGUUUGAGUAUUUGCAUGUGUGACGCUCUGAUUGUGUUUACGCAGACCAGGGUUAAAUGAAUUGUUAAAUGUCUAUAAAUGUAAACAUGUAUCUGUAAACAGCUGUGAAAAUAUCCGAUCCUUACUGUGUGAGGUGAUUUUCUCCACAGGAGGAUGGAGGAGUUCCUCGUCCACGUUGGUCGGGUUUGUCCCAAGAUUCCCGUGAGUCGGCGACUGGUCUUGAUUGCGCUGACGCUGUUUGUGGUGAUGUGUCUGGUUAUCAGUAUUUUCACCUUCUUCAGCGACAAAUACAACAGACGAGAGGACACAUAGGUAGAGGAGGAGUUUGUACAAGAGGACACGAAGACAUUUGAAUGAAGUUUGCAACCAAAGAACCCCAGAAGACAAUAAGAGGGACUGUGAAGGAUCUCUGUGUUUUUUCUCCAGUUUACCAUGUCUCCACACUUGAAUCUGUGCCCUCAUCUCUUGAGGGUCAAAGACACUUUUUGGAGGUUUUAUGAGAAUGUUGCCUUUGUCAUGAGUCACAGCUUUAAGUUAUGAUUUUGUUUGAAUUGUAAAAUUGAAAGUUGGGCAUAAAAAAAAAGAAGGUUUUUGUCUAGGGACCAACACUUUUCAUUUAGUAACGCAAUAAAAGAAGUGAAUAUUUAUCUACACUUUAGGGUUAAUAUAUAAUCUCUCAGGUCAAAUAGCUAUUAAAACCCACGAGAGAUUUUCGAAGUCAUAUUUAAAGAUACUGAAAAGAAGUUUAGGUUUGAAAAUGUGUAUUUAACUACUUUAAAAUAUAAGCACAUUCCAAAGUUGUUCCUGAAGUGCAAUAAUAUUUGCAGGUAGUGGUUUCCUGGUUUGUCUUAAGAGCACUGAGAGAUUGUCUUGAUGUAUAAGAGCACUUUUUAGACGACCUAUUUUAAUCGUAGCACAUGUGUGCCUUUCUGUGUUGUUUGUUCUCUGUAGAUUUUAUGCCUGACACUCCACCUUUGAUUAAAGGUGCCUGAAAACAAA